AUGGACUACUCGUAUCUGAACCAGGCCGCGGCAGCGGCGGCCGCCGGUUUCGAAGCGUCCAGCUGCGCACUGGCCGCCGGCGAGAUGCAGUGCAGCUACGGCGACCUGAGCUCCUGCUCGCAGAUGAGCCAGGCGGCAUACCGCUACACCGCGGCACGAGCUGCCGGUUAUCCUGGCAAUGCCGCCGCCGCCGCCGCCGGUGCCGCCGCUGCUGCCGCGGCCGGCGGCACGCCGCUCACGGCCCAUCACACCGCGCACCCCCACGCUCACGCGCAUCACGGGGCCCACUCGACCCCGUGCUCCGUCAUGGCCGCCAGGUCCCAGGAAGUCCACCGGCACGCCGCCUCCAUCUUCCCCUCGGCCAUUAAUCUUCAGAGCGGUUUGGGCUAUAAAGCUUACUCGGGACACGAUGGUCUCGCGGAAAAGAGAAAACAACGUCGGAUACGAACGACAUUCACGUCGGCCCAGCUGAAAGAGUUGGAACGCGCGUUUCAGGAGACGCACUACCCGGACAUCUACACCAGAGAGGAGAUCGCCAUGAAGAUCGACCUGACGGAAGCUAGAGUGCAGGUGUGGUUCCAGAACCGACGUGCCAAAUUCCGCAAGCAAGAGAGGCUGGCCCAGCAGAAGUCGACGUCGCAGACCGGCAUCGGCGCCGACAGCGGCGCGUCCAGUCCGGUCGCCGGCACCGUGAAAGCCGAGGGCCGUUCGCCGAGGAGUCCGGCGACGCCGCCUGGCAACUCGAACAGCGUGCUGUCGUCGAACGAGAUCAAGCCGAUCGCCAACCAGAGCCUGGUGAACAUCAAGCACUCCAGUGCGGAUGGCACCGGCGACGGUGGCUCGCCGAACACGCGGGGCGUCAGCGGCGGUGGCGCCACCUGGGGCUCCUGCAGUCCCAGACCCUUCUCGGCGGCCUUGCCGCCUUACCUGCUGGACCCGCUGCCGCUGAAAACCGCGAACCUCUACUAAGCGGCCCGUCGGCCCGCCGCCGUGUCGCGUCGGGGGGUGUAAAUACGUGAAGCCGACUGUUCGAGGGAGAUCACCCGUGGAGACGACGCUGCUCCGUUCGCAGUCGAAAGCUCGCAGCUGAAAGCUCGCAGCACUCCUUUGCCGGCCCUGUUCUCUGCCGCUCGCGAGUCCGUCGGCGUUCGCUCGCGGAAGCGCAGCAUCCUCGAGGACCUGGGCUUAUUCGAAGGAUCCUUCCGGUAAGGACGCGCCGUUCAUAUUUUUUUCUACACAGACAGACUGACAGACAGACAUGCAGACUGACAGAGGCACUCAGGCGCGGUGAGGGCUUGCCUCGAGGCAGCGUCUGUCGAGUUUCGCGCAGCGAAAACUCGUGAAAAAUUGAGGCGAAAGGUGUCGUCGCUUCGAUGACCACGUGUUCGCACGACCGAACACUGAUUGGCUCGUUAAGAUCGAAGAGGAUCGAAAUGAAUAUCGUUUGAUGACUUUCACACAAUGCUACUGCUCCCUCAGUUCGCCGUAGCCAAUGAUUUGUCACUUCGAGAGCUACGAGAACGCGUCGCGCUCCGCUUUACUUUCCUGUGAUACAUCCGCGCUUCAAGCCGAGAUAUUGUACCAUGUUUCCUCCAGCGCAAUCUUCGCGGUCGUUUUAAUUCACGUGCGUUCGCAUGCUCGCACGGUUGGUGGCGUCAAACUCGGGAAACGCUGCCUUGACGCGUCGCUCAUCCGGCUCGAAACCGAGAUUCCUAGUCGACGAUGAUUGAGAGCGACAUGAAUGGAUUUAACAAACCCGGAUCGGAUUCAAAUUCCAAUUAAUACCGAGAGUAGUGGAGUUGCAGAGCGUUUACUUCAAAUGAGAGCUUCAACGCUUCCGAGGGCUAGAAAGUGAAGCGGAGUCGUGGUUGCUCGCCGUCACUCGCCGAGCGGGGUCGCAAGUCCGAGUCGCGAGCGCGCGAAUAUAUACAUACAUCCGCGUCUCCAAAGGUCCGGAUGCCACGUGAAAAGUAAUUGGGUCGAUCCCCGAGAAAAUUGCAUUACGUUGGAAAUCAUGAUCAAAGAGUCGUGCGGACAAUUAUAUGAAGGGAGUCAUUUUUGAGAGAACCAGCCGGAUCUAUAUCAUUUAACUCGUCACGAAUAAAUGAAUCGUGCAUUGUGAAUCAUGAAUUUCUCACUGGCGAUUUAACGAGGCGGUAACUCAGAAUGGAGAGAGAGAGAGCCGCUUCGUGUUCAAUAUUGGAACGGAACUAUUGUGACCGUUAAUUCAACCGUGGAGUCGGUAAUUCUAAAGUGCUCUAAAUAUUACAAUGAAUAAAGACACGCCAUCUUUAUUCAUUUGCUCCAUUUGUUGUAAUUAUAUCCACGAAGCGAGAUGAGUUUUACACUCGGGGGGACGAGAAUAUGAGAGAGAGAGAGGGGGGGGAGGGGGAUAAGGAGAGAAAGAAAGAGAACGACUCAUCGCGCUCUGUCUCGUCGUGGAACGUGAAGCUCAUUUUUGAGGUACACGCGCUUCCGAUCUCCAUUACUUCUCAUCGAUAGUACCGAAGUGUAGGAUUAACCACAGAGAGAAAGCAGCGUAGAAUAGUAUCUGUAAGAGUACUAUUAAACUCACGAGAGCAUCACACCGGACACAACUGGCGUUUAGUUCACCGGGAUUGAUUUGCCAAAAUUACGGCCGCCGAGGUCUCGCGCGCGCGAUAUAUUUAUCGUAUACUAAGUAGCGGAAUAACCGAGGAAAAAGUAUAUACCUCCACACAGUAAGAUCCUUUGACGCAAAUACCGAGCGUGCUUCGCACACCGACUCGACACGCGCGAUUCCACCGACAGCUGCCGAAUGACCGAUCGAUCGAUCGAGCGUUAGAACGGCGAUCGGCGCGCGAAAAAUCUCUCGCUUGAGAUCGUGAGGACGACACUCGACGCACGGUGAGGCAUUCUGCAAAAUUGCAGGGGCAGGCUCGUCGCCGCGGCAAAUUUGGCGUGUCGGUUUUUCCGAAUUGAUUGAUGGAUUGAUCAAGAGACUGUGCAUACAAGCGGCUACAUCGAUUUCGCGUAUUGCCGUCGCGUAUAAUUGUAUCUAUCCGACCGUUCUCUCUCUUAAUCCGGCGAUGGGGGAAGAGUGCGCGACACUCGACUCGACGAGGGAGGUUUUCUCAUAUCGCGGGAUCGUCGCUACAGCGCGCCGGACGAUUCGUCGAUUCGCAGCUCGACGGAAUCUCUCUCUCUCUUUAGGAUGUCCUCCUUAAGAUAAAUACUCACACACAUACCGUCCUGUAUGUUUCGUACCAAGAAGAGCGAGGGUACCUGUCUUAUCACAAUACGAUGGACAAUGUUUGACGACGGUGUGACUCGUUGGUCACGCGCCGAUGACGAGCGCACCUUAUUCCGCGUAUGUAUAGUUUAUCGAUUACGACUGAAUCUAUUUUAUAGUGAGAUGUAUAAAUGUACAUUAGUUAAGGCGAAGGUAUGUAUAGUUUUAACCUGAAGGUAUCUUUUCCUUUCACGAGUCUCGUCGAACUCGCCGUGAACCUUUUAGAGGGCCAGCAAACGAACGGCUUCAUUACGGCAACGUCACUGAUAACUGAAGCUAAGCUGGACGCAUUCGAAAAAUCGCCACGAAUGCUUUCCUUGCCGUCUGCCGGAGAAAGUGUCGUUAGUUACUCAAUAUCGUGAAUUUCGAUAUAAUAAAAAAAAUAAUACAAUGAUAUACUGGGAACACGAUUCGAAUUCUCUCGGGUGUCCCGAUUUCGACAUAGCUGAUUUACCGAAUUAUUCGAUUACUCAAACAUGGACAUCCGAAUUAUCUGGAUAAUUCGAAUCUUAAUGUCCGAAUAUAUUCAAGCCUGCCUGAAUGUGCGAAUUUAUUAAUUCAGAUCCAAACUACUCAAAGAAUCGGAGGUGUAAUUCAGUUAAAUUGUCCGAACAUUUUCAGCCUUAAUCGUGAUGUAGCAAUGUGUGAAAAGUAUUGGAACAACGGCCGAUAUCACCAAUACCCAGUAUUUGAUCAGCGAAAAUUCAGCCAUGAUCGUCCACGAAGUGCAGAAGAGUCUACACACAGAAAAAUACAUACCGCAUUCAGAUGAAUGUUACUUCAUAAGUUUAUAAGUUCAUAAAUUCGUCAUAAGCAUCAAAUCUAAUCGAAAUACAUUCUGAAUCCUAGUAAGUUCAGCAUUCCGACCAAAGAUAUUAAAUUGAAACGAAAAUUCGGUUUGCUUGCUACACAGAAUCGUGCCAACUUUUUCUUCGAUAAAGUUUUAUGAUAUUCUUAUAAAGUAUAAGAGAACCGGAUAGAUGAGAGGAAAAUUGGAAAACCAAGUCCUUCUUCUUGACACGUAAGCUGCAUUAAUAAAAAAUAUUCUUGUCAAGAAAGAAUCGAUCAUUUUUCUUUUUGAGUACACGAUAAUGAGCUUUUCUCAAAUUUGAUGGGCACAUUUCAAGACUGUGUUGCCAAGAGAAUGUUCAGUGCUGUGCAUAACCAUUACUUAGAGAAGAAAAUAAAAUAAGAGGAGGAAAGUAAACUGAGUAAAAUCGCUUCUCUCAGCAGAAGAACGAUACUUUUCUGUGUGUAGGAAUAACGUCAUUUCGCGGACGAGCGGCAGGCACUGGUCCUCCGAAGGUGAACGGCAACAGCGUGCGAUAAUUUCUAUCGUGUCCCGAGGCGAUUCAUAUCCCAGUUCGAUAACGAAUGUGAUUUUUUAACGAGACACUUUUACAAUACUGCGUAUACUGGCGCGUAGCGCGAGCCGCACGCUCGUCUCCGAGGAAGACGCGGAUUAUCGAUUAUAUACGCGACGACCGUGAGAGGGGAAAGGCUCGUCUCCGUAAGCCAGGAAGCGUUCGUGGACUCUGAACAGCUUCGUUGCUCCCGCCAUUAUUGUUAAGGUUAACGAAUGGUAAUUAUAGAUAUGUGUGACCGGAAAAACUUGUACAGUUGUUGCUAUAAAUAUAUGAAAUUAGUGUUUUACACCGUACUCAUACUCACUCUCCGUUGAUUGCUCCGUCGAGUCCAUUCGAAUUAUUCCCACAGACCAUCGUUCUGUCGAAUUAUGGCAUCGUUUACUCAGGACGACAUAACAGCCGUUUACGGAAUCGUCUUAUCAUUUAAUUAUUACUCUACGUAUAUUUUUUUCAUGCCACGUUUUUACUCCAAUUCGUCUCACUAAAUUAUUUUCUUUAGAUCCAAUUUCAUGGUAUAUCGUGUGAUAUUUCAGGAAGAAUAUAAGAUGUCGUUAUUUUUUAACACAAGUCUAUCACAACAAUUAGUUUGGGUAAAGAAAAUC